AUACAGGUUGAAUAGCUUCGCAAUGCCUGGUGACGUGUACGCAACGAGUGUGAGGUCAUUUGGCUCCUGUUCGUAUCUCGCGAUCAAUACUCCUUCAACGUCAGAUAAUGCGGGGUAGCUUCGCGACUCCUACCAUAAGUAGGCAUACAUGCAUCCGCUAUCCUCCCCUCCCUUUCCAUCCAUUCCAUCCUUAGCCAGCAUACAUGUCAGACCUCAGAGAGCUCGCUGUGUCCUGCAUGUGCGGUGCGGCAACACACACCUUCAACGUCCCCACCACUUCCCUCCCCCUCCCCACACACCUCUGUAGCUGUAACAUCUCACGUCGGAUAUCCGGCUCCCUACUCACGAGCUACGUGAACAUCACUCACGGCUCGAAUCCACCGAAGCCCGAUGUGACUGCGCUGACGCGCUACAAGAGCUCGGACGUUCUGACGCGGUACUUCUGCUCGACAUGUGGCACGCAGAUGUACCUUGAGUACAACCACGACGGCCAUUUUGAGGCUGCAACGGGUGCGUUACAUGUCGACUCUACGGACGACAUAGUCGACUAUAGAGCGCAUAUCUGGAUCGCGGACACGCCUGAUGGAGGCGCAAGUCAGUUCAUCACGCACAUCAACGGGAAGGAACCGAAGCGAUACCUGCAAGAGCCCGGACAAAGCGAACUGGUACCUCUCGAAUGGCAUGCCCCACCUUCUACCACAAAAGUCGACAAACAAGAAAGAAUCUAUGCGCACUGCCACUGCAAAGGCGUGGAAUUCUACAUCAGCCCUCCAAACGAAGCCUCCAAAAGUGCCGAAUCGCCCUACGCGGACCUCCUCGUUCCCUACCGCACCGGCUCCUCUGCAAACCCAAACAAUCAUCCAUGGUGGCUACCGGGCCACGGCCGCUUCCUCGCCGGGACUUGUGCAUGCGACUCCUGUCGACGCUCCUCUGGCUUCGACAUCACAUUCUGGGCCUUCAUACCUGCCACUAACGUGACCCUCGACGCCGCCGGUACCCAAGCAUUCAAGCGGAAUCCGUAUUGGGGCACCAUGAAGACGUACCGCAGCUCGCACAAUGUCACGAGAACCUUCUGCGGGACAUGUGGUGCCAACAUCUUCUGGGAUGGCGACGAGAGACCUAGUUUAGUCGAUAUUGCCGUGGGACUACUGGAUGCGGAGAGGGGAGCAAGAGCGGAAGAGUUGCUGGCUUGGUGGCCGCAUCGUGUGAGCUUUGAUGAGGACGCGUUGAACAAGGGAUUGAUUGGAGGUCUCCGGAAGGGUAUUCUAGAUUGGGGCGAGAGGAAUAAGGACGCUGAAUAUGUUGCAAAGGGCAUUGGAGGUGCGUUCCCGACGUCGUAGAUGUGGCACCCUUGAGGUUGGGCUCGCAAUGUUACUGCGCUUGAUGGAAGGAUCCUAUAGGCCGAUGAUCGCACAGUUCCAGCCAUAUAGUCUGAAGCGACAUCGAGUUCGCCACAAGCACAGUCCUUUUGCCGCCUCUGUGGAGCGCCAAUGGAUCUCCCGGUGAAUCCGCUA